AUGAAACAUUCAUAUAAUUUCUUUUCCCUCUUUAUUCUCCUUCUUCUUCAUCUCUUCUUUAUUCCAUCAACAUGUGUUAAUUCCAUUAAUGAUUCUGAUUUUGGUUCUUCUUUUACACCUUCUGUUAAUUAUCUUAUUGAUUGUGGCUCCUCCCUUAAAACUCAACUACGAGACGGUAGAAUCUUUAAAUCUGAUCCUGACACCACUUCUUUUCUUUCAACAACAGAAGAUAUUCAAAUUUCAGUUGAUUCUAUUAACCUAGCAAAUCUCUCUUAUUCACCUGCACUACCUUUAUAUGAAACUGCUAGGGUUUUCACAGAAGAUACUACAUACAGUUUUUACAUCCCCAAACCUGGUAGACUUUGGAUUCGUCUUUACUUUUUUCCUCUUCCUAACCCUUCAUACAAUCUAUCUAGUUUUGUUUUCUCGGUUCAUACCGAUCGCUUUGUGCUCUUGCAUGAAUUCUCUCAAAGUAAUAAUGAUUCACUAGUUUUCAAGGAAUAUCUUCUCAAUGUGUCUGAUCAUAGAUUUUCUCUCAAGUUCAAGCCGAGGAAAAGUUCGUCUGCGUUUAUCAAUGCAAUUGAAAUUGUUUCAGCUCCUGAUAUACUUUUAUCAGAUUCAGCUAUUCAAGUUUCUCCGCCGCUUGGGAAAUUCAAUGGUUUGAUGAACUCAGCUUUGCAAGUUUCUUAUAGAAUAAAUGUUGGUGGCCCGACAAUAACUCCUGGAAAUGACACCUUGUCAAGAACUUGGGAGUCUGAUGAUCCAUACAAUAUUUUUCCACAAGGCUCUAAGAGUGUUUCUGUCUCUAACAAGAGAAUAAUAUAUCCACAAACAAGUGAUUUUAUUGUCACACCCUUGAUUGCUCCGAGUCCGAUUUAUGCAACUUGUGUAGAAAUGGAGGAUCCUCAAGUUAUGCAGCCAAAUUUCAAUCUUAGUUGGAUGGUGAAUGUGGAAAAAAAAUACUCUUAUUUGAUAAGAAUGCAUUUUUGCGACAUUGUUAGUAGAAGGCUUGAUCAGUUGUAUUUCAAUGUGUACAUCAAUGGGAUUGAGAGUGUGUCAGCUUUGGACCUUUCAUACGAAACCAAAGCUCUAGCAACAGCUUAUUACAUGGACUUUAUGAUUGGUUCAUCUAAUAUCACAAACGGUUCUAUCCUGAUUCAGGUAGGACCGACGAAUCAUAAACAAGACAUAUCCAAUGCAAUUUUGAAUGGAAUUGAGGUGAUGAAAAUGAGCAAUAGUGCUGAUAGUUUGGAUGGUUUUUUCUCUGUUGAUGGAGAAUACAAAGGACCGAAUUUAAGAACAAAGCUAAUGAAACUUGUUGCUAUUAUUGGAUUUUCUUUGGCUGUGAUAUCAUUGUUGUUACUAGGAGUGAUGUAUGUUAGGUGGUUAAGGAGACCUUUAUGCCGGGAAGAAAGUAGAAAUUUCUUUUCAUGGCUCUUACCUCUUCAUUCAAAAUGUAACAUCAGUUGCAGCAUAUAUUCAAACAAAUAUGAUUCACCUAAGAGCAAGCAUGCUGGUGGUCAUUCUAUUCAUCACUCUCCAAGAAGAGGGUCCAAAAGGUUCUUUCAUUUCAUCGAAUUGCAACGAGCCACGGGCAAUUUCGAUGAAAAGAAAGUUCUUGGUGUUGGAGGCUUUGGUAAAGUGUACCUCGGAACGUUGGACGAUGGAAGACGUGUUGCUAUAAAAAGAGGAAGUGGUAGUUCAGGACAAGGGAUGAAUGAGUUUAUAACAGAACUUAACAUGCUUUCAAAACUGCGCCAUCGCCACUUAGUUUCACUAGUAGGUUUCUGUGAUGAAAACUCAGAGAUGGUUCUUGUAUAUGAUUAUGUCUCUAAUGGCCCUUUUCGUUCGCACCUUUAUGGCUCCAACUUUUCUCCUUUGUCAUGGGAAAAGAGGCUUGAGAUUUGCAUCGGUGCUGCUCGCGGUUUGCAUUAUCUCCAUACAGGUGCAUCUCAAAGUAUCAUACAUCGUGACGUGAAGACAACGAAUAUCCUCUUGGAUGAGAAUUAUGUAGCCAAGGUUGCUGAUUUUGGUUUGUCUAAAACAAUCCAUGACAAAGCUCAAAUAAGCACCGCGGUUAAGGGUAGUUUUGGAUAUCUUGAUCCCCAGUAUUUCAAAAGCCAACAACUGACUCAAAAAUCAGAUGUAUAUUCAUUUGGCGUAGUACUCUUUGAGGUAUUGUGCGCUAGACCAGUUAUUUGUUCAACAUUGCCAAUGGAACAAGCUAAUUUGGCUGAUUGGGUAAUGAAACAACAUAAAUUCGGUAUGCUUCAUAAGGCGAUUGAUCCGCGCAUUGCUAAUAAUAUAAAUCCCGAAUCAUACAAGGUUUUUGUACAACUUGGUGUGAAAUGUUUAUCGGAACUUAGCGUCGAUAGGCCUAGUAUGGGUGAUGUAUUGUGGAAUUUGGAACAUGCUUAUCAACUACAGAUAGCUUCACCACAUGAUGGUAAUUCACUCUCAAAUGCUUUUCAAAAUGAAAAUGAAAGUGACAUAAACAAUGAUAACUCACAUGGUGUCGCAAGUGUUGUGCCUGAUAGAAUAGGUUCUGAUUCUCUUGUGUUUUCUCAGAUGGACAAUUUUCAAGGAAGGUGA